AUGUCUUCUCGUCCAUCGCAGGAAACGAUGCAGAUUACUAACAGGCCGCCGUUCAUGGCGUGGAGCGCCCUCGACGACGUCAAGCAGAAAACCGGCCAGGCCUACGAGAAAAUGAGUAGCCAGGCCCAGGCCAAAACGGGGACCAUUGAGAUGUUCUCGCCCAAGUAUUAUGCCGCGUGCACGUUUGGUGGAUUGCUGGCUUGCGGCCUGACUCACACCGCGGUCACCCCGCUGGACCUGGUCAAAUGCCGUCGCCAGGUUGACCCUGGCCUGUACAAGGGCAAUGUGGAAGCAUGGCGCACCAUAUACCGUGUCGAAGGUGUGCGCGGUGUAUUCACUGGCUGGAGCCCGACGUUUUUCGGGUAUUCCGCACAAGGAGCCUUCAAAUACGGCGGCUACGAGUACUUCAAGUCCUUCUACAGUGACCUAGUCGGCCCCGAGAGAGCCGUCCACUGGAAGACGAGCGUCUAUCUCGCAGCCAGCGCUUCGGCCGAGUUCUUCGCAGACAUUGCUCUGUGUCCGUUUGAAGCCGUCAAAGUGCGCACGCAGACGAGCAUGCCCCCAUUUGCUACGGGCACUUUUGACGGCAUCAAUAAGAUUGUUGCCAAAGAGGGAACUGGGGGCCUGUUUAAAGGGCUCUACCCGCUCUGGGGCCGGCAGAUCCCCUACACCAUGAUGAAGUUUGCCUCGUUCGAGACCAUCGUCGAAAUGAUCUAUGGCUAUCUCCCCGGCAAGAAGCAGGACUACGGCAAGGCCCAGCAGACAGGCGUUGCGUUUACCGGUGGCUACCUGGCUGGUAUUCUGUGCGCGAUUGUGUCGCAUCCGGCUGAUGUAAUGGUGAGCAAGCUCAAUGCGUCGCGACAGCCGGGCGAGGCGUUUGGCGCGGCCAUGUCGCGCAUUUAUAAGGACAUUGGAUUCGGCGACCGGAUUGCAAUGGAUGAUAUACGACUCGUUCAAGAUCUUCAUGGGCCUACCGACGACUGGUGGGCAGGUGUCGAAGGAGAAGAAAUAACCGUUAGUCAUUUUCCCUAA